AUGGCAGCAGCAGAAAGAGAAAUAGCAGACCUUUUGAAAGAGUCGACAGAGAGCAAAAUCAACGCAAAGACAACAUGGCACUCCACGCUCAUUGACGACUUUUCCAACAUAGAGAAGUUUAAGGAAAAAGAGACAAACAGCAUGAACUUCCAGCACGCAAGCAUAGUUUUGGACGGGUGUGUGAAGGUGUACAGCACGCGAGUUGACAGCGUUGUGGACGAGGCUGACAAACUCAUGGACUCGGUUGGAAGGGUUAAGGAGCCAGAAAAGCAGAGAGUGCGAGCAAAAGCCCACCCCACAAUAGAGUCUAACCUGGAGGCCAUUCUUAUUAAGCAGAAGCUCGUGUCUUCUGACGACGAGAUACUUGAGCACCUAGCCAGAGAGUCAAAAGAAGGCGACACACGAGGCCUGCUUAUGCAUCUUCUUAAGUGGAGCGAUGCCAAGGGAUUCCACGUUCUUCAAACAAACAGUGUGGCUAGUGAAGAUUCGCAGUGUAGUAAGGCCGUGUGCAGCGAGAAAGAGAUAGACUUCGACGCACUGCACAAGUCUUUCUACACGGAAGACGCAAGGAAGAACAUCAGCCCAAUGUUUUCCAAAUUCACUCCUGAUAAGUCGGUGGAGGAGCUUGUGCUCCCAACAUAUGCGUACAACAUCAGCUACGACGCAGAGCCGCUGGAGUAUGCAUACAAAGGGAGCAGCGUUGUUUUCUCUGAGCCAGGGCUGUACAACGAUCCUCUGGAGAGCUAUAGAGACGAUGAGUCAGCAGAAAUGGAGGGCCCUUCCAAAAAUGCAGAAAACCGCUAUGAGCCUUCGCUUAAACCCAGCACGGAAGAGCUGCAUCUGGUCUAUACGCCCUUUGGCUACGCAAAAGGAUGGGCAGGGCCUUCGCACUGGAAGGUGCACGCCCGAAAGCGGCAAAGAGAAAGGCCAGAGGCAAAAGAGAGGAAAAAAGCAGUGAUAGACUUUCUUACGGACACGCACCUUCCUAUUGCAACGCUCUUUGAAAGGGGGGAGGGCAUAGUAAUAACACCUCAGCAAAUAUCAGAAAGAAGAAAGAACUGCAACACUCUCCCGCCAGACCACAAUGUAAGGAUAGAAGACCUGUACCAGAUGUUUAUGUACCCAGGCUUUCUUCACACAGUGGAGGAGGCCAGAGAUUCUACUGGUAGCCAGAGCCAGGAAGCACCUCUCUCCCCAACUGCAUUUCAAGGCGCAGACCAUGCGCAGCAGGAGACAGAUAUCUACGAGUUCAAUGGCGAGGCAGAUUACCAGGAAGCACCAGCUGAUAAUGCAGGAAGCGCUCCAGAGGAAGGAGCUGCACCGCAGACAACGCUGCUUUCUCGCCGGCUUCUACAGAGCGCUCUUAGAAAAGCCCGGAGGAAUGACAUAGUCAAGGUCAAGGAGAGCCUAUGGAGUAAAAUAGAGGAGGGCGAGAAGAAGGUAGAAACCAUAUACAACUCAAUAGAAGAGCAGAAGGUCUCUGUUCAUUUCUAUCUGGUUUCGCUGCUGCAUCUGGCAAAUGAAAGGAAUCUCCGCAUCACUUCAACAUCAAAAGAGCAGAUCUCUGGAAUGGCGGACCUGUCUCUGGAGGGCUCUGCAGCGGGUGUGCAAUAA